AUGUCCAUUCAGCUCUCCGUCCAGCUUCUGGAAGGUCUUCCGAAAAAUUCAGAUAAAUGUCUAUUUCCACCUUCCCUACUACAGUCCACCAUAGAUAAUGUCACUGAUCUACCGCACCCUUUGGUGUUCAAUCUAUCUGAUGGUGUAUCGAUCACAGCUGUGGGAGUGAAAGAAUUCACAGCCGAAGAGGGCACAAUCGAAGUUCCACAAUACAUUUUUGAAAGUAUAAAGAACGAGGUCGUCUCCAUCGAAUUAGCUGACCUACCGAAAGCUACCUUUCUUCAGCUAAAGCCUGCUCAAUUCUACCCCCACAUCACCAACUGGAAGUACUAUCUAGAGUCUCAGCUCAGCCAGAACUACACAACCCUCACCAAGGGCAAGCCUUUUUUCAUAGACGAUAGAGUGGCAAAGACCUUGGUGGAGGUGAAUGUUGAGGAUGCCAAUGCACCUACUGUCAUCGUUGUGGAUACAGAUACCAUAUUGGAUGUGCUUCCGUUGAACGAUAUAAUGGCUGCCCAGCAACUCAGCCAAAAUGAUGCUACUUCAGCUUUGGAGAACAUUCCAGAGCUUUCGAGCUCCGAGGUGCUCGAGCUCGCUCCAUUCAAUCAAAGCGCUGUGCCUAAGAUUUUCAAGAUUGAUCUACGGAAAGCACAGAGCGGUUUCUCUUUGGUCCUCAAGUCUGAAAAUGAAGAUGAAGCUUACAAUGUGGACCUACUUGUGGCCCUUGAUAAGUUUGUCAAGUUGGAUAACUUUGCAUUUGAAACCAUGUCUCAGGAUUCGGUUGUGGCCAAUACCGAUAAGGCUGUGGAGAUAGACGUCAGGAGCGAUAUGGUUGUCAAUCACUUGGAGAAAUAUAAGGAGGAAGACUCUUGCUACUUGUACGCUGUCGUGUUUGCCUGGGAUCACAAUGCCAAAGUCAGGCUUGAGAAGAACCCAAUCGUGCAUAAGCCCGAAGACGUUAAGAAUACAACUACAGGAGCUUCAUGCAGCCAUUGUGGCAAGAGAAUCGAGAAAGCAAAGUUGCCUCUCCACGAGGCGUUCUGUAUCAGAAACAACGUCAAGUGCUCUUGUGGCCUGGUGUUCAAUAAGGAAAUACCAGCCAACCACUGGCAUUGCGAUGUUUGUGUGCCUCCAGUAGCUGGAAACAGUACAUUGUUCAAAUUCAAGCAUGACCGUCUUCAGCACAGCGGGCCAUACAAGUGUGAAGAGUGUGAUAAUUCACCAGAGUACUCUGAUUUUGUGCUGUUGGUGAGAGACCAUAAGCUGACAAGCUGCCCUGCCAAACUCCAUGAAUGUAUGUUCUGCCAUUUGAUUUUGCCACAAGAGGAGGAGACGUACGAAGAUAGGUUUACGAACCUUACUCAUCAUGAAAACCAAUGUGGAAACAAAACAACGGAAUGCUUUGAGUGCCACAGAGUUUUCAAACGCAAGGAUCUCAAGAGCCACAUGAGGAUGCAUUACAUGGACAAGGUGGAGCUCAACACGGAGUCCGUUGGUUUGUGUGCCAAUGUCAAUUGUGUGAACAUUGUUGAUGACGCCACCAAUGAGCUCGGACUCUGUGAUAUCUGCUACGGACCAUUGUUUGCUACUGUUCUCGAUCCAACGCACAUCAAGUUGCAGAACAGGAUCGAACGUCGCUACAUGCUACAGCUUACCAAAGGCUGUGGGAACAGCUGGUGUCAAAACUCGCAUUGUGCUACAGCUUCCAAGCCACUUCCCAUCAAAGACCUGCUCAAUCUCAUCCAACAAGAGCUAUUGCCUCUCAUAGUCAAGCCUGAGCUUCCAAUUACGAAGAAGAAUGGCGCGAAGAGCUCCCGUAACGAGUUGUACUUCUGCAUCUCCGAAAGUGUACAUAACAAGAAGGCACUCGUGGAGCACCUAGCUGAGGAGGGCCACUAUUCCAGGAACAUGGCACUCAAGGCGGUUCACAAACUGCGUAAUGAGGACUCUGCGAGGGAAUGGCUCGCACGAAACGCCAUCUCUGUCAGUUAA